AUGUUCGAUGCUCCAAACAGCGAUGCUUUUCAUGCCGUUGCACUGUUCUUGUUUGCUAAGCUGGAUCCCUCACGUGCAGCAGAAAUGUUAAGAGAUUGCUCACGGAAGUACUCACUUCAAGGAGAUCCUGAAUUUAGGAAGCAAUGCUUUGCCUGGUUAAAAGAAAUUGCAGAGGAAAGUAAAAGCACUUUUCCACAAAUUACACCGUCUUUAUUUCUUUCUCCUGCUGGUCCUAAAUUUAUUAAUGUAAUGUAUCAAUUUGCAAGAUACGUAUUGAUUCAGGGUAUAAAAGUAAACUCUACAGGCACUGAUAUACCUUUUGCUGAUGUUGCUAACUUAAUGGAAGACAAUCCAUGCUUGACAAAAGCAAGAUACAGAACGGCAUAUAAUAAACUUCUGCAGAUACUUCAAAAGAAAGAUUUUAUAAUUCGAGAGCAUAAGAAGAAAAAAAUGUGCCUAAAUAAAGAAAUAAGGAACUUAAAACUUGAAUCUGCAGCUAUGAGGGUGUGGCUUUUCAAGAAGAAACAAAAUCACCAAAGCAAAAUUGACAAAACUGAGGCAACUCGAAAGGUCCGCAGUAUGUGGACGUUUGUCAUGGAUACCCUUGCAUCUUUGAAAACGGAAAAGAAAGUGGUAGAUUCUGUACUUGAAGGUCAUGCUAACCAGUAUACUUUAGAUGGAACUAAUCUUCAUAUCAGUAUUCCCCAGUCGUUGAUUAACAGAAUUGAAAGUGAGAGGGACAAGCUGUGCAUAGAAAAAACAUAUGAAGAGGAAAAAAUGAAUUUCUUGACAAUUGUUCAAUUAUUAAAUGAAGCCCUAAGAAUCUUUAGAGAUGAACUUAAUCUUAAAUCAGAACGUCUUCAGCAUAUUAGGAAUGAGAUUGAACUCCGAAGUAAAAUAAUAGUAAAUUUCCAAAAAGUAGAGCAAGAGUAUUUUGUGUCAGCAAGUGAAUCUGUUUCUCAAAAAAACAAGGAAUGGGAAAUGAAGUGGAAAGACUAUCUUGGUCGCUCUCCUUUUUGCUUAGCUACAGAUAAGGAUCCAGAACUACGUGCGUUACCAGCACUGCAACCCCUUUCUUUUUAUCCUGCAACAGAAGAAAUGUAUGAGAGCAAUGACUUCUGUCAAGAUUUAGAUUCAGUUUCAGUCUGUGGUGGAAAUCACGAUGAGGAGGAUGGCGAGGCACUGAAAGAUGUGAUGGAUGAGUCAACAUUAACACCAGAAAGAAGACUCUCUCGAGGAUCCCAAGGAUCUUCAGAGUCGAUAAACUCAUUUGAAAAAAGCAAUGAGUCGCUUGAACAGGCCUCCUCUACUGUAAUCUUCAAUAGUGAAAAACAGCCGACCUCUCCAAAUGUUUUGAAAUGCGAAAUGGAUGAACCUGCCAUUGUAGAGGCAGGGGAGAAUGAAGAUGCUGAUAUUAUCCAGAGAGAGUGCACUCUCAGAGAAGACCCUCUUGAGAAAGCUCGACAACAACUGGCAGAAGAGGUUGCAAAAGCAGUGAUAUACGACUCACCGCAGAGUAGUGGAGAAAAAGGAAAGGAGCUGGAAGAUCUCAUUAGCUCACUGUCUUAUGACCCCUUUAUCGCAAGAAAGCAAAUUCCCCGAACUCCAGAAAAUCUAC